AUCGUCACUCACUUGUCGUUCAUUCAAUUGUGGAAACAAGCCUGGUCAUCCGAUCAUACUACAGACAAAAAGAAGCGGCAUAUAGUGAACGCCUUUAACCGGUUCCAACUCCUCUUCUCCGCAUCAUCAAAACAAAAAGGAAAAGUAUUGGAGAGACUCAUCACUUUCUUCCCCACCACCACUUUCAAGGAUACCUCCCUCACUCUCUCUCUCCCUCACAACUUGUCAAGAUGAGUAAAAACGAUAAACCAAACAAUAAGCCCAAAGUGGCCCCUUCUACCCAUUUGAUCGCUGGUGGUAUCGCUGGUUUUGCAGAAGCUUGCACAUGUCAUCCUCUUGAUACUAUCAAAGUGCGAAUGCAACUUUCUCGUCGUGGAAGAGCAUCAGGUGAAAAACCACGUGGAUUCUUGGCAACAGGUGCAUACAUCGUUCGUAGAGAAACACCUCUAGGUUUAUACAAAGGUUUAGGAGCAGUCGUUGCAGGUAUCGUACCAAAGAUGGCAAUUCGAUUUAUGAGUUUUGAAUAUUAUAAAUCUGCUUUAGCAGAUCCAAAGACUGGAAUCACAAGUCCACAAGGUGUUUUCUUAGCCGGUUUAGGUGCAGGUACAACAGAAGCAGUAGCAGUCGUCAAUCCAAUGGAAGUCGUUAAAAUUCGUCUUCAAGCACAACAACAUUCAUUGGCCGAUCCAUUGGAAGUGCCAAGAUAUAGAAAUGCAGCCCAUGCGCUAUAUACAAUUAUUCGUGAGGAAGGUUUCUUUACUUUGUAUCGUGGUGUUGCACUAACGGCAGCAAGACAAGCAACGAAUCAAGCAGCCAAUUUUACAGCUUAUCAAGAACUAAAAGCAUUCGCACAACGUGUUCAAGAUACAACAGAGCUACCUUCUUACGAAACCGCAUUGAUUGGUUUGAUCAGUGGUGCUUUAGGUCCAUUCAGUAAUGCUCCGAUUGAUACGAUUAAAACACGUAUUCAACGUGCAAGUAAGGUUGAAGGAGAAACGGCAAUCAGUAGAGUUGUAAAGGUUGCCAGUGAAAUGUUUGCACAAGAAGGUGUAAGCGCUUUCUGGAAAGGUAUCACACCUCGUGUUGCCCGUGUUGCACCAGGUCAAGCAGUCGUCUUUACGAUUUAUGAAAAGGUAAAGAAAUACAUAGAAGCUGCCAAGGCAGGAGAAUUCGCUUUAUCCGAUACCAGAUCGGAUGAAUAAAUAAGCGUCUUUUUCGAUGCAUAUGGAAAUAAAUUGGAUAUUUAUUAUUUUUUGCUCUAUCUCAAAACCCCACAAAAUGGAAAUGCAAACGUUUGCUCUCCUCAUUGAACAUAGUAAUAGUACACUCAACAUUUGAAUCGUUUUAAUGAAUAUCUUUUUAUCA